GUCACUUAACUGACUUGACUCCUUGCAUCCAUCAGUCUGUUGACCGGUCAACUCGCAAGGGAAGCACAAAACAACAACAACAACAUAUAAAUAUCAAGCUUAAUACUUGGUUGUAUCACACCCAGCUCACCACCCGAAAAACCAAGACAACCACACAAAAACCCAACCGAAGAGAAAUAAUUGGAACUCAUAGGAAGACUAGGGAGGAUGACCAAUAGUCCGGUGGUGGUACGACGGGCAGUCCGUCCAGAAGAUCUGCCCCCGGCAUUCGUCAACCGGCCGGCGGCCUAUCUUAGCUCGCUCUUCGAGAACGGCGGCCCGGGCACAGUCGUCCUGCUCGCCCAAGGAUCGAUCUGGGAACUCGAAGCUAUCCUCAAGAUCGCCGUCAAUGAUGCCGAACUGGCCACCGAAGGGUACCCUACGGAUCCUAAUCUUCAUGCCCAAGUACAUAGCGUUGGCGAAGGAGAAGCCACCGCGAUCUUCUUCCACAACACCAGCCAUGUCAAGCUCUCUCAUCUGACCAUCGACGGACGUCGGCCGGAUAAAGGAUGGGUCGACGGCGGAGGCCCGUUGAUUGCCUGUGGAGGAAGAGAGGGAAAAGAUCCGGUGGUCCAGUACUGUGUCAUCCGUCAUCCCCGCGGUUGGUCUUCUCUACAAGUUUUCGAUAAUUGCGAGGGCGGCCGGGUGAUUGGAAAUAAGAUCGGACCAGCCGGGCUACCAGCACCCAAAGGUCCUUGGGCAGAUGGCCUCAGCAUAGCUUGUCGUAACGGAUUGAUCGCAAACAACGAAAUCGUCGAUGCCACCGAUGGCGCAAUCGUUCUCUUUUGCGCCCCUGGAACAAUGUGCAUAGGAAAUACAAUCAUUGCUGAUAAACAGAACUUGUUGGGCGGGAUAAACAUGGUCGAUAUGGGACCUUAUUCGUGCGACUACACCGACACUAGAGUCUUCAAUAACGUCAUCAAAUCUACCGGGGCGCACAUCAAACUGGGCAUAGGAAUUGGGCCGCUAGCUUGGUGUCCAACUUGGAACGAAAACACUUUUGGUGGCAAAGUUAUUGACAAUACAUUUGGACCGGGCAGGUUUGGAUAUGCUAUUGGAAUGUCAGGCUGCCGGGAUUUCGAGGUGGUUGGGAACAGAGUUACCGCAGGGACUACGUUUACUGGUGACCUAUCAGGGAUGCAGGAACCGUUGAAUGCACCACCGAUGGCUUUCCUGAAAGCCUCGCAACCAGGUCUAGUCGAAAACUGCGUUAUUCAACAAGACUUUAUUGAGGGCAGGGCUGCAUUCUUGAUUGGGGUUGAAGACCGACCGGCGCGAAAAUUCAGAUUCCAGGGCUCCCAGCUCAAUCUGACCAGUACGGACGGUCCGAUUGUGUUAGACCGGGCGAGGAUCUCGCUGGAGACGACUGGCGAAUUGCGAGUGCUCUGUAACGCAACAUCUCGGGUGCUUUGGACCUCAGGCUCGGCCGGCUCGGUGAUCGGGGCCCGAUUGUCCUUGGAGGAUAACGGCCAUCUGACGAUCCGCGAGGCUGGGACAGGCAAGCUUUUGUGGGACCCAGUCCAAUUCCUCGAGGGCUGUUUCCAAGUCGGCAAUCAGGCCGCUCUAACGGUGUCGGACGAGUCGCCUUAUUUGAGUCUGUGGAGCGAAUGUAACUCGUUGGUCUGGGCCUCCGAAUACGUUUUUGGUAAAGGAUCCUUUGAACUAGCGCCCAACCAAUUCAUUUGUAUCUGUCCUACACGAACCCGAGCCCAGCCGCCACCGAUCCCGCCUCGGAUCGGUGCGGUAUUGGAUAACAUCAGCCACGCGGUCCAUCAUCCCCCGCCCAUGAUCCCAGCCCGACCGCUCCCGCCGCCAGCUUACAUCUUCCUCGACCCGGUGACCAGCAACUUGGUCAUACAUCGGGGCCCUCAUCCUCAUCAGCCACAUGGCCAUGUCCUUUGGGCUUCCGAUCUCUUCGGCCAUCUGCCUAAACAGAUUGCUAGUCGGGCAAACCCCGGGUGCGAAACUCGCUGCGCUUUCCAGGGAGGCGAUGGGAAUCUGGUGAUCUAUGCUAACCCCCAUGAUCAUCAACCGGAAGAGAGAUGUGCUGUUUGGGCCUCGGGCACUUGUUGUGAAAAACUGCUGAUCACCUAUGAGGCUGAACAGGGCGUCCAGAUCCACUUCUUGGAUCCUCAGGGUGUUAUCCUCAAGUCUAUCCCUUAAUCUCUUCUCUCUCUCCCCUCUUCUUCCUGUGUAUUGCCCCAAUUAUCCCCUCUUUUUAAAAUCUCUUUCCUCCUUCAACUUGUCAGGUUCUUUGUUUUGUUUUGUUUUGUCCUGUCUUUCUUCUAUGUUAUCGCUCUCCACUCCCCACCCCAUUGGGACAGGGUGUUUGUUGCUUUGUUGGAUGGUUUUGAGUUGUGGAGAUUCAUUUACCCCACUUCCUGUGCUUUAAAUAGAUAACUCGUGUUUCUUUGUUGGCUCAUAUAUAUAGACUGUUUUGUUGUUUAAACAGUAAAUUUUACUGACUAAAUAUGUACGUUCAUCAUUAUGAAUUAUAUGGGAUUUGCCUUCUAAGUUGGUAUAUCUUUGUCUGGCAUACACCGGGGCUGUGGUGAUUAGAAUAGCAUCUAUUCAACUUCCC